CGGUAUUGUUUGUGAAGAAGAAGGAUGGCAGUAUGAGGCUGUGCAUCGACUAUAGGAAGCUAAACAAGGCUACCAUCAAGAACCGCUAUCCUUUACCAAGGAUAGAUGAUCUCUUCGACCAACUACAAGGAGCGCGCGUGUUUUCGAAGAUUGAUCUGUGGUAAGGGUACCAUCAGUUGAGAGUGGCGGAUGGUUCAAUACCCAAGACGGCUUUUCGGACCCGGUAUGGCCACUAUGAAUUCCUGGUCAUGCCAUUUGGACUAACUAAUGCACCGGCAGCCUUUAUGGCGCUAAUGAACCGAGUUCUUCAUGAAUACCUAGAUAAGUUUGUCAUCGUCUUCAUUGAUGACAUUCUCAUCUACUCUAAGAGCGAGAAAGAUCAUGAAGAGCACUUAAGGGUGGUGUUACGAAAACUAAAGGAGGAAGAGUUGUAUGCCAAGUUCUCUAAAUGCGAUUUCUGGCUAGACGAAGUCCUAUUUUUGGGGCAUAUGAUCUCUGGUCGUGGAGUUGAAGUGGAUCCUAAGAAGGUUGAAGCUGUGACAAACUGGAUACCACCAAAGAACGUUUCCGAAGUACGGAGUUUUCUGGGUUUAGCUGGGUACUACCGAAGGUUUGUUGAAGGCUUCUCCAGUAUUGCAAGACCUAUGACACAACUAUUGCAGAAGGGGAAACCCUUUGUUUGGGAUAAGAAGUGUCAAACGGCAUUUGAGUUACUGAAGGAGAAGCUAACCUCUGCACCAGUGUUAGCACUACCAACCAGUGGUGGGGAGUAUUCUAUCUAUAGUGAUGCUUCCUACCAAGGAUUGGGGUGCGUUCUGAUGCAGGAUAAGAAGGUGAUCGCCUAUGCUUCCAGGCAGCUACGAUCCCAUGAGGUGAAUUACCCCACCCAUGACCUGGAGUUGGCAGCAGUGGUUUUUGCCUUGAAGCUAUGGAGACACUACCUCUAUGGAGAGACGUUCAGCAUCUUCACUGAUCAUAAGAGUCUCCAGCACUUGACUGAUCAAAAGGAGUUGAACAUGAGGCAGAGGAGAUGGAUGGAACUCUUAAGUGAUUAUGACUGCACUAUCAAGUAUCAUCCAGGAAAGGCAAACGUAGUGGCUGAUGCAUUGAGCAGGAAGAAAGAGAGUCCCUUACCAGAGUUAAUCUCCUUGAGAGCCAUGAACGUGGAACUAAAGCUAGAGGAAGUGACGAAACUGUUAGCAACCUUAAAGGUUUGUCCUAUGCUACACGAACGAAUCAAGGAGAAGCAGCGUGAGGACAUGGAGCUGGAAAAGUACAAGAAGCAACUGUUAGAGGGGAAGAACACCAAAUUUAAACUGGUAGAUGGAGUACUAAUGUAUCAAGGAAGGUUGUGUGUGCCAGAUGUUGACAAGCUAAGGGAGGAUAUCCUGGAUGAGUCCCACUCUGCACCAUAUGCGAUGCACCCCGGGGCUACGAAAAUGUACCGUACCCUCAAGGAACAUUUUUGGUGGCCAAGGUUGAAGAAGGAGGUGGCCGCUCACGUAUAUCAGUGCUUGGAGUGUCAAAUGAUAAAGGCUGAGCACCAAGCCCCAGUUAUUGAGCACUUACCACUCGAAAUUCCGCAGUGGACUUGGGAGAAAAUCACCAUGGAUUUUGUGUAUGGUUUACCGAGGACCCCAAGGGGAAAUGAUGGAGUAUGGGUGAUUGUGGACCGCUUCUCGAAGGUGGCUCAUUUUAUACCCAUCAGGUUCAAGCCAGGACUGGAGGAGCUGGCUAGGUUGUAUGUGAGGGAGAUAGUGAGAUUGCAUGGAGUUCCACUCAGUAUCGUGUCUGAUCGCGACCCUAGCUUCACGGCACGAUUCUGGGUGAGUCUUCAAAAGGCAAUGGGCACUAAAGUUCACUUCUCUACCGCAUAUCACCCCCAGACAGAUGGACAGUCAGAGAGAACGAUUCAGACACUAGAGGACCUGUUAAGGGCGUGUGUCUUGACCAUGGAAGGAGCUUGGGAUGAGCAUUUGCCUUUAAUGGAGUUCGCUUACAACAACCAGUAUCACAGCUCGAUACAAGCAGCUCCAUAUGAGGUAUUGUAUGGGAGGAAGUGCCGUACACCAUUGUACUGGGAUGCAGAGGGCAUGCGACAGCUAGAAGGUCCGGAGAUGAUACAGAAAGCGAUGGAGAAGGUGGAGGUGAUUCGCCGGAACUUGAAAACAGCUCAAAACCGGCAGAAGAGUAAUGCGGAGAGGCCAGGGAACCCGCGAAGUUAUGAAGUGGGUGAUAUGGUAUUCCUAAGGGUGUCUCCUUGGAAGGGAUUGAUGAGAUUUGGUAAAAAGGGAAAACUUAGUCCGAGGUAUAUCGGUCCAUAUGAGGUGUUGGAGCGCAUUGGACCUUUAGCCUAUCGACUUGCCUUACCUCCAAGCCUAUCUAGGAUCCACGACGUUUUUCACGUCAGCAUGAUAAGGGCGUAUCGAUCCAACCCGGAGCAUGUGAUCAGACACGAGGACAUCCGGUUGGAGGAUGAUUUGACCUAUGAGGAGGUUCCAAUCCAGAUUGUGGAUAGGCAGGAGAAGGAGUUGAGAAGGAAGAAGAUUGCCAUGGUAAAGGUGGUAUGGCGAAAUCAGGGCAGUGAAGCUGCAACUUGGGAAACAGAGAGUAGCAUAAAAGAGAAGUAUCCCGAAUUGUUUAACAAUGUUUAGAGAAGUUAUUAUAAGACCCACUGGUAAUAAUUAUUAAUACUUCGUAACAAUAGUUACGAUGACUCAGUUUCUCCGUCAUGUUUAACAACGUUGUGCGGAACAUAAUUUCGAGGUCGAAAUUUCUUUAAGGGUGGAGGAAAUGUAACAUCCCAAACCCGGGAUAUUUAAUCGAAUCAUUUCGGCUCGAUAAGCAUAAUCGAAGACCCAACGCCAAAACCAAAGGAGCAAACGAGGAUUGAAGCGGUCGGGGCUGAAAGACCAAAAUACCCUACCAUAAACCAGAAAUACCCGACCGGUAUAUUUUGUAAUACCCGAUCGGUUAUUUUGUAAAAACCCGACCGGGUAUAAAAUUAGGUCAGACCGGGUUUUUCCCUUAAAAUACCCGACCGGGUUUUGGGGUUGGUGAGACCGGGGAUUUACCGGUCCGACCGGGGAUUUUUGUCGGAUAAAGUAUUAUUAUUUUAGAAAUACCCGACCGAAACCCAGGAAUACCCGAUCGGGUAUUUCGACCGGGUUUUCCAACCGGCUGCCUAUAAAAGGAGGAAGAAUGGCCAGCUGUCAUUCACACCAAAAAUCGUACAAACCGAAUUUGAGAGAGAGGAAGGGCAGUUUCUAGAGAGAGAGAGAGAGAGGGUGACGAGCAAGAGCUCCCAGGCGCUCUAGGUCGGUCUUCAACAGCUGUGCAGAGUCGGGAUUCCGUCAGAAAUAAGGUGUGUGGACCCUGCGGUGAAUAGGCAGUGUUUUACUACGUGCUAUUUGUUUAAUAUUGAAACAUAGCUCAGGAUUUAACGAAGAUAAAAUGAAGAUGUCGUUAUUAUGAUUUGGGUACUCGAGUAGAAUUGAUUAAUUAUCCUAAUACGAUUAUUUGGGAUAGUUGUAAACCCCUAUCGGAUCCGUGGAAGUUUGAAUAAUGGACAGCUACCAUGGGAGGAUUCUGUCUAGGCUAGUGGUUUUUAAUCGAGACCUUCGUGGUACUCGCCCACUUACCUGGGAAUUCACCCGGUAAAAUCUUUUGGGAAUAUGGUUGUAAGAAGUGUACUACGAGUAGUGGCACUCAUUCCUUUUCUCGGAGUUUUACCACGGCGGGUCCGUCUUUCAAAUUACACGGUGGUUAUCACCAAUUAAAUGGUUGACGAUAUCGUCUGCGAAUGAAUUUAUACUCGAUGAUUAAAUCGAUGACGAUAAUGAUGACAGGUAGUUUUGGAGUUUUUCAUAGUCUGAGAAGAUUCAUCUUUUCGAGGUGAGUGUAAAGGGGGUAAAUUCUACGCCUUACGUAUUCUUUCAAGAGUUACCAGUUUGAGUAUUUUGCUGAAAUGAAUAUCGUUGUUUGAUUGUUGAUACGUGAUUUUGUUUGAGCUAUACUUGAUGAAAAGAUGCAUGAGUUCUUAUUUUAAAUUUAAGCUUAAGUUGCUAAGUUAUCUUUAAAGUUAAUAAAGCAAGUCCUUUUUGAGAAGUAACUCACCUUCAAGAAGGUGAAGUCAUUUUAAGUGUUUUUAGUAACUAGCGCCAGUCCGUUGCCGUUUGAGACAUUUUGAGAUAGAGCAGCAGUUAUGCUCUUGAGACUUUUAAGAUGAGCAGCAGUUAUGCUCUUGAGAAUCGUGGUGGAGAACCACCACGAUAAGUUUAAGAUGUUAGGGGGAUGAAUCUUACGACUCCCCUAACUAAGUUUAAGUUUAAGGAAAGCCUGAGUGGCUUCUCAUACGUAUGAGUUGGCAACCGGACUAGCUAGUGGGGGAUCCCAGUGUCGGUCAAAGUUUCAAAGUUUUGAGAGUGGGGUUAAGAGUAACUCCCACGUUUUAAGAGUUAAAGUUUAAAGGGCGGAAGUAUAUUCAACUUCUACCAAAAUUAUUGUUUGAGGAACACUAAAGAUAAUAAUCCGUAAGUGUUUGAAGUUUAAAGUAAUGGCGUAGACUGACCCCAACUCACUCACCAGAUCGUAGAGGAGGAGAUCAGGAUCAACUAGCUCGGGGAUAGCAAGUUAGAGGGGCUCAACAUCAGCGUCGUUAAAGAAUGGCGGACCAAGCAUCAGAGUAGGCUUUGAGAAAACUCUUAAGUUAUUUGGACCUUGUGGUUGAAAGUUAAGAAUUGGAGAUUCUGGUCGUUUGUUUCUUUUAAAGAAUAAGAUUUGGAGUUUUGCCCACAUGUUUAGGGCUUGUCAUUGAGAUUUCGAAUUAUUAAAGUUUGGUGUAUUUAUUUUAAGUGUGUUUAUGAAUAAUUUUCAAAUAUACCCCGGGGUAGAAAUGUCCUUUACAUGUUUCAAAAAGUUGGGGUGUGACACUGACCCCGAAUAAAUCCGCCCAAAUCGGUGCUUAAUGGACUCAAUCAUCGUUGGAGUAUAGCCUCAGGCCGAAUCCGUGAUCUGUAGCCUUCAAUAUCCAAAGAAAAUGGCCUUUCGUCGCCCAAGAAAUAACGAAAAUACCAUUCGAAAAUAAAUUGGCCCAAAUAAAUGCUUAACAGACUUAUCAUCCGUGGAGAAUAGGAUCAACAGACUUCAUUAUCAGUGGAGAAUAGCAUCGGCCUGAUUUCGUGAUCUGUAGCCUUCAGAAUCGAAAGAAAAUGACAUUUCAGAUAAAUCGCCUGAAAUCUGUGAUGGUACCCCUUUGGAAUCUGCCAAAAAUUGUCCCGGAAUAAAUCCGCCCAAAUCGGUACUUAAUGGACUCAAUCAUCGUUGGAGAAUAGCCUCAGGCCGAACCCGUGAUCUGUAGCCUUCAAUAUCCAAAGAAAAUGGCCUUUCGUUGCCCAAUAAAUUACGAAAAUGCCAUUCGAAAAUAAAUUGGCCCAAAUCGAUGUUUAACGGACUUAUCAUCCGCGGAUAAUAGGAUCAAUAGACUUCAUUAUCGGUGGAGAAUAGCCUCGGCCUGAUUCCGUGAUCUGUAGCCUCCAGAAUUGAAAGAAAAUGCCAUUUCGGAUAAAUCGCCCAAAAUCUGUGAUGGUACCCCUUUGGAAUCUGCCAAAAAUUGACCCGGAAUAAAUCCGCCCCAAUCGGUGCGUAUUGGACUCAAUCAUCGUUGGAGAAUAGCCUCAGGCUGAAUCCGUUAUCUGUAGCCUUCAAUAUCCAAAGAAAAUGGCCUUUCGUCGCCCAAGAAAUUACGAAAAUGUCAUUCGAAAAUAAAUUGGCCCAAAUCGAUGUUUAACGGACUUAUCAUCCGUGGAGAAUAGGAUCAAUAGACUUCAUUAUCGGUGGAGAAUAGCCUCGGCCUGAUUCCGGGAUCUGUAGCCUCCAAAAUCAAAAGAAAAUGGCAUUUUGGAUAAAUCGCCCGUAAUCUGUGAUGGUACCCCUUUGGAAUCUGCCAAAAAUUGACCCGGAAUAAAUCCGCCCAAAUCGGUGCUUAAUGGACUCAGUUAUCGUUGGAGAAUAGCCUCAGGCCGAAUCCAUGAUCUGUAGCCUUCAAUAUCCAAAGAAAAUGGCCUUUCGUCGCCCAAGAAAUUACGAAAAUACCA